AUGAUUUGUUUCUUAUUGCUUAUUUCAUUUGUAUUUUCAGAGAGUACAUCAAAUACACAUACAAUUCUUUGCAUGGAUAAUGAAGUUACUGAAGCUUCCAAGUGUCAAAAUUUCUUAGAAGUUUCAAAUAUUGCUAAUGACCAAAGCUCAGCUAAAUGUAUUAAAUAUGGUAAUAAAUAUAUGAAAGUUUAUACCCAAUCUGUUAAACCGAGUACUGAUGGAGGAAUUGAACCAAAGAAUGGAGAAGAUGAGACUAAGAAUGGAGGAAGUGAGGCUAAGAGUGGAUCAACAGAUGGUAAGAGUGGAUCUACCGAUGGUAAGAGUGAAUCUACAUAUAGAAAGAAUUUCAGAAAUAAUUGGAAAAAAAGUAUUAAAGGAGAAGAACCUGUUACUAUUACUUACCAUAUUAAGUAUUAUAACAAUAAUGAUUGUACUGGAAAUGAAGUAUCAGAUAUUACUGUUGUGCCAACUAAAAAACCGUCAAAUAUUGUUAUUACCAUCCCUGUUGAAGAGAGUAAAGACUCUGAUAAAAUCACAUAUACACAAUAUGUUGCAGCUAACGUUUGUGUUAAUAACAAGAUUUUUGUCAAUACUCAAUUUGGUGUUGCACAACAUAAAUGUACCAAUGACAAUGAAUAUAGUGAGCUUGAGGAUAUUAUUACUGAUAAAUUUAAUGGAAUGACAUGUAUUAUUCAAAAUAAAGUUGACAUCACAGACAAGACAUAUACUACUAGUACAACAGCUUCAUUUAAGAAAGUACAAUCUGUGAACACACAAUAUACAAUAACUGAUGGUGCAAAAAUUGUUGAAAUGACAUCCCCUGAUACAGGUAAAAUUUAUACAUGUACUAAAGGUACUAGUUCAAUAAUUAUAUGUACUAAAGAUGAAAAACAAGAUUCUGUUACUGUUCUUAAUACUAAUGGUAAUAUUGCUACAGGUGCUUUAUGUAAUACAAAUAAAUGUGAAGAGAAUAAUGGUAAAGCUUAUUUCUUUGAUACGUGUGAAUCAAAUAUGAAAUAUCUAAUUGCUGGUUCAUUGUUCCAACAAUUUGAAUAUAAUGAAAAUACAUGUGAUAAUUUUAAACAACUUAAAUUAUCUAGUACUUCAGAUAAACAUUUUACUAUUGGUAGUGAGACAUAUCUACUUACUUUCAAUCCAAUUGAAUCAACUGAAACAAUUUAUACUAAAACAUCAGAUAUUGAAUAUAAGACAUAUGUUGUUGGAACAUGUCUUAAGACUGGUGAAUCUUCUUCUAAAAAAGUAUUCAAAACUUCUGAAAAUAAAUAUGUUAUUGAAAAUUUCAAUGAUGCUGAAUGUAAAAGUGUUGAUUCUGUAGUUGAUACUCUUACUUCUGUUCUUACAACUGUUCCAGUUCAAAAUGCUAUUGUUGUUACAAAAUACACAUUCAAAAGUAAUUCAGAUUGUCUAAAUAGUAAAGAUGGAGUUGUUGAUCAAACAACUAAACAUACAUGUAAUAAAUGUGAUAAUAAUGUUGAAACUAUUUGUCCAAUGAUUACAGAUAAUAAUUCUAACAAUGAUGAAAAACCUAACAACAAUUUAGGUGAUAGUACAUCAAUUAUGUUUAUUGGUAUUGCUCUUAUCAUUACAAUCUUCUUCUAA